AUGUAUGAUGAGGUGAAGAAUGCAUCAAAAAAGCAAGGGGAUGAAUUACAGAGGCUGAAAAGAGCAGUCCACACGCAUACGCCUAUAAAAGGGAACUUUGAAAGUCUCGAAAAAGUAGUGAAUGAGUUGAAAUCUGAUAAAGAUGAAUUGAAACGGAGUGUAACAGAUUUAAGGUGGCGCUCUAUGAAGAACAACCUAGUGUUCAGUGGUUUAUUGGAGUCACCCAAAGAGAAUACAGAAUCACUUCUCCGAGAGUUUCUACACGUAGAAUUGAACAUCCAGCACCAUAUUGAGCUUGGUAAUGUUCAUCGAUUUGGAAAGUUCAUUCGUGGAAAAAGAAGGUCAAUCGUCGCUCGCUUCAUCUACAACAAUGGCAGAUCCUUAGUGUUGAAGCGGUCAGGUAUGCUAGCAGGAACUUCGUUCUAUAUCAAUGAACAAUUCCCUUCAGAAGUUGAACAAAAACGAAGGCAACUGUACCCAACAUAUAAAGACCUAAAAGCCAAACACCAUAAGGUCAAGCUUGUCAGAGACAAGCUCAUAGUGGACGGCAAGUUGUACACGGGGCCUUUGGUAAGUAGUGACGUCAGAGCGAAGAAUAGCAACCCGCGACAGACCAGAACAUAUAGUGACGUUGCUCAAAGUCCGUCAAAUGGGUCUCCUGGUGUGCAUGCCCAACCGACAAAACGUUCUCACCUGUGUCAUCAGGUGAAACUACCCUUAAGUCUGUAUAGGAUGAUGAGGAGAGUGAACUCUCUACUGUUAACGUUCUAUCAUGGAAUGUUUGCAGAUCACUUGUUGAUAAACUGA